GGUGGAGACCUUUCAAUUAGCCUGACUCUCUCCGGGCUUUCGGUGUCUGCCAUUUAGAGGAGGGCUGAUCUGCUGUGGGCAAACUUUACUUCAGAGAAAUGAAGGACUGCUGAAGGCUGCAUUUCCUUUUUCCCCGUCAUGAUAUAGCCUCACUAAACUAAGACUUUUUGGUACAAAGGAUUUGAGGAGACACGAGUCAUUGACAGCAAGGCUCCAGCACUUAAACAAAAUAGUUUUUGUUGGUGUUUUUUUUUUACUGCACACCACUCAAGCAUGUUUCCUGCAGACCUCUUGCACACUCCCCUCGGGGUCUGGAGACACAGCGAUGGUGGAGACUCCGGAGUAUAGAAAGUGAAGGAACAGACAGGGCUCUGUCCAGGGAAGACGACGCAAUUAGACCCUGCAGCAAGGGAAAUACAUUUCUGAUGGCAGUUUUUUUUUUUUUUUUGGAGUUUAUGUUGCCACUAUCUGGAAAUACUGUGCGCCUAACAAUUAAAGCAGGCAAUUUUGGUUCAAGAAAAUGAACAGCACAGCAGAUCUCAAGCCCAUGGGAAGUCUGCGAGCGUUGUUUUUUUUGGAUUAAGUCCUGCUCAGACUUGUAAACAAAACGGAGUGAAGUUCAGGAAAAAAGUAUUUAUUUCCAGUGGAACCUUUUGCGUAAAUUCGGAUGAAUAUUUGAAAUGGACAAAAACUGCCGAUUGAGUUGGAUUCUCCACACUCAUACUUCUCAAGAAAACCCGUAAAGGCUACUUCGUCUCUCCUUUCUUAUUUCUAUUUCAGAUUUUUCCUUCAAGCUCUGUCUAUUCUAAUUCUUUGGGUUUUCCCAAAUUUUCUUCAAAUGAGUGAAGCAGUGGACUUGGAUUGGAGCAGAGCAGGCAUCAAGUGAUCCUCGCAGUCUCAAGUGCGUCAAAACAGAGGGGAAUGUAGAGGAAUGCAGGGACUGACGUCAAGAGGGCCAAUAAUGAACUGUUCACAAUCUUUGAAAAGGUCUACUAGACUUCUAAGAGCCACUAGUCACCUCACUCAGUGGAAUUUUCUCUGAAAAGGUGUUUUUGUUUCUGCUCUCCUUUUCCACUUCAAGAGUAAACAAUCCUACAGUUGUUAUCCUGUGACCUCAUAAGUUGCCUUACUUCUUGAUCUAAUUUGUCCUCAGAAGAACUGUCCCUACUACAUAGCCUUUGAUUUAGGGGACAUUAAAAAACCACCAUGGCAUCCCCCCAACAUCAACAACUGCUGCCUCACAACACAGAAGUCAGCUGUGACUCAAGUGGAGAUGGAGGCGUCUCGGUGAGGAUUGGCAGCAGUGUCAAACACAAGCAUGGAGGCGGGCCGCUGGGUUCAAUCGGAGGAGGCUUCAUGGGGGGGUCCAAGCACUGUAAGUACAGCAUCUCGUCCAGCUGCAGCUCAGGAGAGUCCGGCGUCAGGAAGCCAGCGGUGAAAAGCUUUCGAACACAGAGGAAGAUGCCUCAACUUUUUGAGAGGUCCGCUGGUCAUUUCUGGAACCCGAAGUUUGACUCCUCAAUCCUGGAGGAGGCCUGUAGAGAAAGGUGUUUCCCUCAGACCCAGCGACGCUUCCGCUACGUACUCUUUUACCUGAUUGUUGCUGGCCUUCUCUGGGGAGUUUACUUUGCUGCGAACCCGUCCCGCUGUGACAGAACUGCCUUUCUCAUUCCCACUGCCUCCUUCCUCAUUUUCUGCUUCCUUCUUUUUCUUUUAACUUUUACAAGACUCUACUCUCGCUUCUAUAACCAGGCAUCUCUACUACUCGUCCUUGUAACCUUUGUCUUGACCCUGGCCCCCCAGAUCCAAACUCCCAGCUUCAGGGAACCAGAGACUCCUGCACCUACAAUUGAUUUGGAAGAAUUUAGUGGUAUGGGGCCAACAUACAACCUGUCCUACAACACGCUUGUGGGAGGUGGCACUUGGUCCCCCUGUCUGUCUCCUGUAGGCACCUUCUCCCUCUGCAUUGAGGUUCUUCUAUUGUUGUAUAGUGUUCUCCAUGUUCGCCUUUAUGCUUCUGUCUUACUCGGGUUCCUCUACUCUGUCUUUUUUGAAUGUUUGGGCUGGCUGCACCUGACACAGGCUGAGGAUAACUGGAACUUGACCUAUCAGUCUGACUUAGAUACUUUAAGAUGGCUGGGCCCAGCCAAAGCUCUUCUUCACCUCUGUGCCCAUGCAAUUGGCAUCCACCUGUUCAUCAUGUCCGAGGUGCGGUCACGCAGCACCUUCCUUAAAGUGGGACAAGCCAUUAUGCACGGCAAAGAUCUGGAAGUGGAGAAAGCCUUGAAGGAGCGAAUGAUCCACUCUGUCAUGCCCAGAAUCGUGGCUGAUGAACUGAUGAAGCAGGGCGAUGAGGAGAUCGGGGAUAAUUCUGUUAAACGAUACUCCACCAGUGGUGCAGCUGCAGCCAUCUCCAGCCCUAAAAACAACAAACGCAAGAAAACCUCCAUCCCUCGAGGUCAGAUCAUCUUCAGGCCCUUCAACAUGAAACGGAUGGAACCAGUCAGCAUCCUCUUUGCAGACAUUGUUGGCUUCACAAAAAUGUCUGCCAACAAAUCCGCUCACGCCCUCGUUGGGCUUCUAAACGACUUAUUUGGACGUUUUGAUCGACUUUGUGAGCUCACCGGCUGUGAGAAGAUCAGUACCCUGGGAGACUGUUACUACUGCGUGGCCGGAUGCCCUGAACCCAGGCCAGACCAUGCCUACUGCUGCGUGGAGAUGGGCCUGGGCAUGAUUCAGGCUAUCGAGCAGUUCUGCCAGGAGAAGCGGGAGAUGGUCAACAUGAGGGUGGGUGUCCACACUGGCACUGUGCUGUGCGGCAUCCUCGGCAUGAAACGCUUCAAGUUUGACGUCUGGUCGAAUGACGUCAACCUGGCUAACCUGAUGGAGCAGCUGGGCGUGGCUGGGAAGGUACACUUAUCACAAGCUACUGCCAACUUCCUGGAUGAUCGCUACCAGCAUGAAAGCGGACAAGUCAUUGAAAGAAUAGGACAGAGUGUGGUGGCUGACCAGCUCAAAGGGCUGAAGACCUACCUGAUCUCUGGCAGGAAAGUGGAGCCUCACUCUCACUGUAGCUGCUCCCAGCCGGAGCCGGAGCACGCGGAUUCUCAGUGCCCCUCUACCAGAAUACACACACCUGAUGGACCUCCUUCCGUCUGCACCCUGCCUCCAGACAAUGCGAAGUCUCCCUGUCUCUCCUGCAGUGUGGUCCUGAUACCAGGGGAGGAUCAGGUUCUGGAGGAAGGAGCAGUGCACAAUGGCUGCCAUGACAACCACAAGACUAACAGCAGCAAGGACUCUUCAAAUCUAAAGUUUUCCCCUGCAGUUGCUGCGGGGCGCAGCCCCAAGGCUCUAAACGGCCUGCUUAGCCCUCAGCUGGAGGCCUUGAACAACAGCCAGACGUCUCUGUGUGAGAUGCUGCAGGAGAAGGAGAAGAAGACGUGGAGUGGAGGAGUCAUGGGCAUGGACCAUUCAGCGCUCAUCCCUCUACGCUCCAAAAACUUCAGGGAGAGGAGUGAUGCUCACUUUGUGGACGUUAUCAAAGAGGACAGCCUUAUGAAGGACUAUUUCUGUAAGCCUCCCAUAAACAAGCUGAGCGUCACCUUCCUGGAGAAGAGCCUGGAGUCUGCCUACCGGAUAAGCUACCAGGAGGAGGUUGAAAGCCAUUCAACGGUGCAGACUUUUGCCAGUCCGACAUUCAGCUCUUUCCUGGACAUGCUGCUGAGCUGUUGUGUGUUUCUGGCUCUCUCGCUGGCCUGUUUCCUUCGCCCGCUCGUCACCCAGCAGAGUCCGUCCACAACAGCACUCAUUCUGACAGCUGUAGCCGCGAUGUUAAAAGCACUGGCUCUGCUAUGUGCUGUUCGCAUGGCCUUCUACCUGGACUGUGUGCUGAACUGCACUCGGUUGAUGAUGAGGGCAGUCUCCGGCUGGGCAGUGCGUCACAUUAUAGGAGCCAUCCUGGUUUCACUUCCCACUGUGGCCGUCUACUCCCAAGUCACUUGUGACAUGCAUCUCUCUAUUCAGUUCACCAUGUUCAUCUGCUGUGCUGUCAUCAUAGCAAUCAUUCAGUACUGUAACUUCUGCCAACUCAGCUACUGGAUGCGCUCAGCUCUGGCAACUUUGGUGGGACUAGCUUUGCUUGCCUUGCUCUUUAGCUCCCCCUGCAGGGUUGCUAAAGGUCUGAUUUUCUGGGCGUCAGAAGACCAGAGCAAUAACAGCAGCAGCAACAACAGCUCUAUCAUCAUAUCUGACAGCAUAGCAGACCCGGACUCGGUGCUGAGCCCACAGGACCUUCUGGGUCCUGAAGCUUGUGUGGCCUUUUUCCUGCUCCUGCUGCUGGUCUGGUUCCUGAACCGUGAAUUUGAGGUCAGUUACCGCCUGCAUUAUCACGGCAACGUGGAGGCUGAUCAACAUCGCAUAAAGAUCCAGAACAUGAGGGACCAAGCUGACUGGCUGCUUCGCAAUAUCAUCCCCAUCCAUGUGGCUGAACAGCUGAAGGUCACACAGAGCUACUCCAAGAACCACGACAAUGUGGGUGUAAUAUUUGCCAGCAUUGUUAACUUCAGUGAGUUUUACGAGGAGAGCUACGAGGGAGGCAAGGAGUGCUAUCGUGUGCUCAACGAGCUAAUUGGAGACUUUGACGAGCAGCUACGGAAACCUGUCUACUCAAAUAUCGAGAAGAUCAAAACUAUCGGUGCCACGUACAUGGCAGCAGCGGGACUGAAUGCGCAGCAGUGUGCAGAUGCGGCACAUCCUCACGCUCACCUGCGCGCCCUUUUCGAGUUUGCCCUGGAAAUGAUGCGUGUGGUGGACGACUUCAACAAGAACAUGCUGGGCUUUGGCUUCAAGAUACGCAUUGGGUUCAAUCACGGGCCCCUAACAGCAGGAGUGAUCGGCACCACCAAGCUUCUUUACGACAUCUGGGGUGACACGGUCAACAUCGCUAGUCGCAUGGACACCACAGGUGUGGAGUGUCGGGUCCAGGUCAGCGAGGAGAGUUACUGUGUGCUGAGUGGCAUGGAUUAUGAGUUCGACUAUCGUGGCACGGUAAAUGUCAAAGGAAAAGGUCAGAUGAAAACGUUCCUGUACCCCAAGAGCAGUGACAGUGGGCCUGUGCCUCAGUACCAACUCUCGGUCUCGCCAGAAAUCCGGGCUCAGGUGGAUGGCAGCAUCGGGCGCUCGCCAACUGAUGAAAUUGCCAGCAUGGUGCCUGCAACCAGCACAAAUGCAAGUAGCACCAAUACUCUGGUACCAAGUUCCAGUGCUGGUUCCUCUCCUGCCACAGGACUUAGCCAGGAGAAGGAGACGGACAGCAGUGAAAGACGUCUCUCCACUGAUACCUCCAAUGCCAGGCGACCUGUGUCUCGCAGUGGCAUGCCAUCUAUGCCUGUCGGUAACCGAGAAGGACCUCCAUCUUCUGCAAAUAACAAACUCACCGUCUCAUCCUCUGACCGACAAAACAGACUUCAAGAUUCAACAACAAUAUCCCUGAAAGAUGCCAAGAAGGACAAAUGCGACGAUUAUGACAUUUAUGUUGGAGAGUUCACUAAGCUUUAGGAAUUUGUUGGAAUGUCCGCUUUUUUUUUCGUACAUCCUUUACCCUUUAAGCACUUGUUCCAGCCAGAUGGCAUUCAUAAAACCAGUGUCCAUUUGGUUCUACCACGGGUAGAAUCAGCGAGAAAGUCCCACAGGCUUCUUUUCUGUAUCAGCCAGGCAGCAGGUUGUUUUAUUGUAAAUCUAAGUGGCUGAUGUUAUCAGUGUAGGGGGCUGGCUGGACCACAAAGUGAGCGUUAAACAGGAACACACACAGGAAAGAGAAGAUGUGAUGGCUGACUUUGAAACUUCUUUUGCCUGUUACAGAUUGCAGAUCGCGUCAUCUCCAAUUAACUUACUUGAUUAUAAGUACACCUUUAAUCUUUAAUCAUUUCUUACACAUGUCUUUUAAGUGCCUUUAGAAUAGAAUAAUGUGUACACUAAGCCUUUUGGAGUCAGAGAUGAAGAACAUAAAGGGAAAAGUGUAAAUAAGCAAUCUUUUUUGGAAUAACUGCUUCGCUUUUGUUACGAUUUUACUUAGUAAACUAUGUUUUGCUACGAUACUUUGCCUUUUUAUCAAAGAAGUUCUCAGCAAGAUGACCUUAAAGUUGGAAAGUGCCACAACAUUUGGAGAGCGUGGAGAGCGAGGGGAAAUACAGUACGAUACAAUUCUAAGAAAAGUAUUAGUAAUCUCUGCACUUGAAAUGCAUCAGAGUCUGUUUCCACCAGAAAACUCUUCAUGAAGUGCACAGAAGUCACUAAUCAAAACAGUCUAAGGGUAGACGAGGCCAGCCUGCAUGUUGUGUGUGUGUGUAUGUUCAUGAGUACAGUGUGUGAGUGUGUGUGUGUGUGUGUGUGUGUGUCUGUGUAGAUCAUGCAGGGUUUAAUGAGGAGAGGUGCUUAUGAGCUUGUUGAAUGACUGGGUGCAACUGCAGGAUGACAAACAGUUUAGGAACGCAGUUGAGAAAAAAAGCUCUUUUUGCUGAUGUGGCAGCUUUGUCUCUGGCCUCAGUUUAGAUCUUUGUAUUGCCUCAGUACUGAGGCAUGAUGGUCUCAGCUACUCUUAAUCAGCAUGCUUACAACAGCAGCACCCAUAGAUGAGGCUGACUGUCGGUAGUGUCCCACAUGACGCAGACUCUCAUGGGGACUCAUACUGUGAUAAGUGUUGACGAGUAUUUCAGUGACUCCUAACAGGCACUGCUGUACCUGUAGAGUGUCUUUAGCUGUGAUUUUAGAUUGAGUAGAGAAACCUACAGCCUAGGUUUGCUAUGGAUUAACACAGUGUGAUAGUUGAUCGUACUUUUUAGACAUGGAUAAUCAAAGUCGAAUGUCACCAAUACCAAUCUUAACUAAAUGUGUUUUAUUAUAUUUAUUGUCACACAAAACUUGAACUGUUCAUGUGAAGUGCCCUAUCAUAUAGACUAUGAUUUGAAAGACAGCUGAAUGCACUAACUGCUUCUUAUUUUCAUUGUAAUGUAAUUUCACUGUACAUGCAAAUACAGUGCAUCAAAUGAAUUUCAUAUUUAUUACUUUAGGUGUUUUUUUCUGCUGUGGGUCAUUCCUUUAGCAAGCUGAAUAAACGGUACUUCUCUUUUGCCAUUACAUUUUCUAUCUGUCGCUGUUUCUCGGCAAACAGGAUUGUGUGCUCAGAGGCAAAAACAAGUUGUACAACCAAAUCUAUGCUGUGUCUUAUUUUUUUACAUUUUAAAGGUCCUUAUCAAUUCAUAUCUUUUAAAUAGACCAUUUAAAAAUCUGAUAUUUCAAGUAUUUAAUCAGAACAUAUUUUCCACCUUUUAUCUUCAAGUAAUUUCACACCUUACAUUAACAUCUUAAUAGUUGAAUAUUAGGCUUGGCUUAUAUUAUUAAGCUUUUUCUGUGCAUAUAAAUGUAAUGCUUGUGCCUUUUAAAUAUACUCCUGGUUUCCCUUCUUAAUUUUCAGUCUGCUCUAAGUUGCUUUUCAUUUCUUUAGAAAAGUCUUUACUUCUUUAAAGCUUGUGCAUAGGCAGGAGAAUGUUUAUUUUUGUGCUAAAAUCAAACAAAAUUGUCUAAAGGUCAUGACAUUCGAGCAGUGCCUUUUCUUCUAUCAACAUUUCACGGUAAUUGGCCUUAUGCAGCUUUUGAAUUGCUUUUGUUUGGCCUCUAGUUGUGUACUUGUGUACUGUAUAUGUUGCAAAGAGGAAGUAAGUUGCUUUAAAUGCAAUAAAAAAAAGAGCUUAUUGUUAUUGGUUUAAAAGGGCAAAUCAGUUUCUUUAUGCUUUUGAGCACACAACCCUUGUACCGGUACAAUAUUUCUGUUUUGUAAAAUUCAAUAAAAGGACAUUUAGAACAGUGAUUUUUGUAAAAACCAAGGUAACAUACUUAGUUGAGGUCAUGAUACUUGAGUGUGAGGUAAGCGUAUAAGCUAUAUUUCUUUUUUCACCCUUUGUAUUUCUUGAAUAGUAUUGUAUUUGAGACGCACAGACACAAGUUUGAAAGGGUGUCAACGCAGAAUUUUGAUCACUACUUGCUUUCUUUCCUCUUCAGUUUAACUUUAAAUAUGAGAUGAUGGUUUGCUUUGAUUCAUUCAGAUGUAAGUGACAUUCUGAACCAGCAGAAUGGGAAAACUGAGAAAACUGAUGCCAAAGAGUGUCAUCGUCAUCUCUCUCUGUGUAAUAUCGCAUUCUUGAUUUGCAGAUUGUGUUGUGCAAGAAAGGUCAUUACUAGAUUCACCAUUAAAACACAUUUGCACAAGGCACUCACCGUUUUUACUGUACAGUUUGCCUUUUUAUUGUAGAGUAUCAGAGCAUUUUCUAUUAUUUAUAUAAGCGCAUGUACUAUAGUAUUUAGUAGUCUUACAAACUGGGUCAUUUCAACAAAGUUGGAAAAAUACUUGUGCUCUCUGUUUGCCUGCAUGUGUGUAAAAAAUGUACGAGUGUUUGUAAAAAAAAAACCAGUGAGGUUGUGUUUUUUUUUUUUUUUUUUUUUAAAGGGAUGCUCUAAUUCUUGCAGGAUUGUGACCAGGACAUUUUGAUUAGUUUAAUCAUCUCAAUAAUUAGGACAUGUUAGGAUAGUUAGACUUCAGUCAAAAGACACUUCUUCAUUUCUAAGACAUUAAACUGGCCAAAUGAAUGGUGUGUCGGCAGUAUUUAAGUAGUGUCCUACUGUUUAAAAUGAAUUGUUGCCUCUUUCUGUGUGAAAAUGUUUUGUACAUAGCAUGCUGAUAGAUAUGCAAGUGAAGGUUUAAAUUGAAUAAAAUUCAGUUGCGGGGGAA